GCAACAAACGCUUCACUGAAAAUUUAAUAUUAUUCAUUUGCAUCAAAUUAGAAAAAGGAGAGAAAUGCUUCAUCAAUUUGGAGAUUAUUCUCACCAACCACAGCGAAUUCAUCACGGACAUGGUGCAGCACACGGAAGAGUUAUUUUGACGAGUGGAUUUCACCAUCCAUAUUGUGUUACAUAUCCGCCUCACAAUGUAAGUUUACAAACUCCGCAUAUGCGCCUAUAUAUUCUGGCAAGGCCAGUAUACCAGAAGCCUAAUUACUCUCACCUUCCGCAACGGACUCAUAGUGGACAUGGUUCAGCGCAUGGAACAGCAGUUUUGACUAGCGGAUAUCGUUAUCCACUAUAUGCUCCAUAUCCGCCUCAAGAAACAAACUUACAACCCUCGCAUAAGGACUCAUACAAGCUACAGACUCACCACGAAUAUAGUUCAGCACACGGACCAUCAGUUUUGACUGUUACCCAGAUAUUAAUUAAUCAGCGGCGCCAACAGAAACUGAAGCUUGAAAAGGAACGACUGGAAAAAGAAACGUUGCUUAUAGAAAGGCAGCGAGAACUUCAACACCAGAAUCAUGUAGAUUUGAAACAACAGAAUAACUUGAACCUAUCUGAGGCUGUAUUUGUACAGAAAUUAAGUCGUUACAUAAUGGAAGCCAACUUGCAACGCCUACACGGUUAUCCCACGGAAAGUGCUAAAGCAAAAGGUGCGAUCGAGAUCUACAAACAUAUUGAUUACUUAGGGGCACGCCCAAAUAAAUUAUAUAAGAGUGGUUUGAACAGUGAGGAGAUCAUGGAAAAACAGUGCAUUCGCUGUGAGCGGACAUUCCACCUUACAAAGUCAGGCGGAUAUAUAAAUGCAGAGACUUGCACAUUCCACUGGGGUAAACUCUAUGACACCCAAAAAGAGCACAACUUGAAGAAAUACACUUGCUGUUCCGGCGGAAAAUACUCAGCUGGUUGCACCCAUAAUGCAUUUCAUGUCUGGACGGGAAUCGAAAUGGGCAUUAAUGGGCCCUACCACGACUUCGUUUACACCCGCUCUCAGCAAAAUUCCAAUGAAACAAAAGUAUACGCUUUAGAUUGUGAAAUGGUUUUCACGGGUCGUGGUCUGGAAGUUGCAAGAGUGACACUGGUUGAUUGUAAUAAUCAACUUAUUUAUGAUCACUACGUGCAACCCAUGGGUGCGAUCGUCGACUACAACACCAGAUUUUCUGGCAUUACUAAAAGAAAUUUAAGCCAGAAGGAAAAUAGCCACUUAAAAACUUUUACCGAAGUUCAAAGAGACUUGCUGCAACUUAUAAACGCGGACACUAUUCUAAUCGGUCAUGGCUUAGAAAACGAUCUGCGCGUUCUGCGGAUGGUUCACAAGCGUGUUGUAGAUACAUCAUAUGAAUUUCCUCACCCUCUAGGAUUUCCAUAUAGAUGUGCAUUGAAAAGCUUGAGCAAGAAAUAUCUGAAAUGGGAUAUCCGAAGUGGUGAUAUGGGCCACAGUAGUGUGGAGGACUCCAUUGCUUGUAUGGAGUUGAUGAAAUGGAAAGUCCACGAAUUCGUGAAAUCUGAGCAUAGCGGAAGAGUUUGAAAAGGAUAAUAAUACCAUGAUUGUACAACGACGAGGAAAGAAGAAAAGGCGUGCCAAAUAAUUGUAUUACAUAUUUUCAUGUAUUUAGCUUAGAUUUAAGGUUUUUACACAAUAAUAAAUUUAUAAUAUUUAAUGAAGA